GCGCUCUAAAAAAUAGUCCACAACAAUUGUCCUUAUUUUCACGAAUUCAUCGAGCCUCUUUAAUGAGAUAGGACAUUUAAUCGUCAAAGCGGAUGCAGUCUUAAUUUAUGGCUGGAUUUUUUGUCUGUACCGAUGGCGAUUUUCCCAGAUGCUGUAAAGCAGGCUUCUCGGCGCAAGGGCUGAUGGGAUUGGGAGCGGGCCCACUGCAGAGCGGGAGGUGGCGGAUGCGGUGAGUUGUGGAUGCUGCCGGUAUAGAAUGGUUUGCCGGGUGAGAUGACAGCUCAGUUCUCUUAGUGACUAUAACUAAAAACUUCCAAAAAAAAAAUGGCCUUCGUACCUCCGGCCGGACCCACUGUGGUCGACCAGACUACACUUAUGAAGAAGUACCUGCAGUUUGUGGCUGCACUCACUGAUGUCAACACCCCUGAUGAAACAAAGUUGAAAAUGAUGCAAGAGGUCAGCGAGAACUUUGAGAAUGUCACCACCUCGCCCCAGUAUUCCACUUUCCUGGAGCACAUCAUUCCACGCUUCCUUACUUUUCUACAAGAUGGGGAAGUUCAGUUCCUGCAGGAGAAACCCGCUCAGCAACUACGGAAACUGGUCCUAGAAAUCAUCCACAGAAUCCCCACCAAUGAACACCUUCGGCCGCACACAAAAAACGUCCUUUCUGUAAUGUUCCGCUUCCUUGAGACCGAGAAUGAAGAGAAUGUACUCAUCUGCCUGAGGAUCAUUAUUGAGCUGCACAAACAAUUCAGGCCGCCCAUCACUCAAGAGAUUCAUCAUUUUCUGGACUUCGUCAGGCAGAUUUAUAAGGAUCUUUCCAAAGUUGUGAACCGCUACUUUGAGAAUCCUCCUGUAAUUGCUGAUAACACAGUUCCUGCUCCGGAAAUGGUUGGCAUGAUUUCUACCAUAGUGGUGAAAGUGAAUCCAGAACGGGACGACAGUGAAACCAGAACUCACACUAUCAUCCCCAAGGGUUCCCUUUCCCUGAAGGUGCUGGCUGAGCUGCCCAUCAUAGUUGUUCUCAUGUAUCAGCUGUACAAGUUAAAUAUUCAUAACGUAGUUUCAGAAUUUGUCCCACUGAUAAUGAGUACUAUCGUCACCCAAGUUUCUCCCAAUGCCAGGCAGCAUAAACUGUACAAUAAGGAGCUCUAUGCUGACUUCAUUGCUGCUCAGAUCAAAACAUUGUCAUUUUUGGCUUAUAUCAUAAGGAUUUACCAGGACAUUGUUGCUAAACAUUCCCAACAAAUGGUGAAGGGCAUGUUACAGCUUCUGACCAACUGCCCACCGGAGACGGCCCACUUGCGCAAGGAGCUCCUGAUUGCCGCUAAGCACAUUCUCAGCACAGAUCUAAGAAGCCAAUUCAUCCCAUCUAUGGAUAAGCUAUUUGAUGAGUCCAUUUUGAUUGGUUCUGGAUAUACUGCCCGGGAGACCCUAAGGCCUCUGGCUUACAGCACGUUAGCAGACCUUGUGCAUCAUGUCCGCCAGCAUCUUCCCUUGAAUGACUUGUCCCUCGCUGUCCAGCUUUUUGCCAAAAACAUUGAUGACGAGUCAAUACCCAGCAGCAUCCAGACCAUGUCCUGCAAACUCUUGCUUAACCUGGUAGACUGCAUCCGCUCCAAAAGUGAACAGGAGAAUGGGAAUGGGCGGGAUAUUCUGAUGAGAAUGCUGGAGGUAUUUGUACUGAAGUUUCACACCAUUGCCCGGUAUCAGCUGUCGGCUAUUUUCAAGAAGUGCAAGCCCCAGUCUGAGCUUUGUGCCUCAGAUGCGAUUUUACCCACUGUACCAACUCCUGCACCCACCACCCCAGCCAAUGCGGCUCCCACCACCCCAGCAACUCCGCUCACACAGGUUUCACUCAUGGUGUUUGAUAAACAGGGGGAGAAAGACAAAGAAGACAAGCAAACCUUUCAAGUCACAGACUGUCGCAGUUUAGUGAAGACGCUGGUGUGUGGCGUAAAGACCAUCACAUGGGGCAUUACAUCGUGUAAAGCCCCUGGAGAGGCUCAGUUUGUGCCCAACAAGCAACUACAACCCAAAGAGACGCAGAUUUAUAUCAAGCUGGUGAAGUAUGCAAUGCAAGCUUUGGAUAUUUAUCAGGUUCAGAUUGCUGGGAAUGGGCAAACCUAUAUCCGAGUAGCCAACUGCCAAACUGUGCGCAUGAAAGAAGAGAAGGAGGUGCUGGAACAUUUUGCUGGGGUUUUUACUAUGAUGAAUCCCUUGACUUUCAAAGAAAUCUUUCAGACUACUGUCCCGUAUAUGGUGGAGAGAAUAUCCAAAAAUUAUGCACUACAGAUUGUCGCCAACUCAUUCCUGGCGAACCCCCAGACGUCUGCUCUCUUUGCUACAAUCCUGGUGGAGUAUUUGCUGGAACGGCUUCCAGAGAUGGGUUCCAAUGUCGAGCUGUCAAACUUGUACCUCAAGCUGUUCAAGCUGGUGUUUGGCUCUGUCUCACUCUUUGCUGCCGAUAAUGAGCAAAUGCUAAAGCCUCAUUUGCACAAAAUUGUGAACAGCUCCAUGGAACUUGCACAGACUGCCAAAGAGCCCUACAACUAUUUCCUGCUGCUGCGUGCACUCUUCAGGUCCAUUGGUGGGGGCAGCCAUGACCUUCUGUAUCAAGAGUUCCUGCCGUUGCUCCCAAAUCUUCUGCAAGGGUUGAACAUGCUACAGAGUGGCUUGCACAAGCAGCACAUGAAAGAUCUCUUUGUGGAACUGUGCCUCACCGUGCCUGUACGAUUAAGUUCCUUAUUACCUUACCUGCCUAUGCUGAUGGAUCCCUUAGUAUCUGCUCUGAAUGGCUCCCAGACGUUAGUCAGCCAGGGACUCAGGACCUUGGAGCUGUGUGUGGACAAUCUGCAGCCUGACUUCCUCUACGAUCAUAUUCAGCCUGUCCGUGCUGAACUUAUGCAGGCUUUGUGGCGAACGCUUCGCAAUCCAGCAGACAGUAUCUCCCACGUGGCCUACAGAGUCCUGGGGAAAUUUGGAGGCAGUAACCGGAAGAUGCUGAAAGAAUCCCAAAAGCUUCAGUAUAUAGUUACUGAAAUCCAAGGGCCCAGUAUCACAGUGGAGUUUGCGGAUUGCAAAGCCUCUAUCCAGCUCCCAAUGGAAAAGGCUAUUGAGACGGCCUUGGAUUGCCUAAAAAGCGCAAACACUGAGCCCUAUUACCGAAGGCAGGCCUGGGAAGUGAUCAAAUGUUUCCUGGUGGCAAUGAUGAACUUAGAUGACAAUAAACACGCCUUGUACCAACUGCUGGCACAUCCCAAUUUCACAGAGAAGUCAAUCCCAAGUGUCAUUAUUUCACAUCGAUACAAAGCUCAGGAUACCCCAGCUCGGAAAACUUUUGAGCAAGCGUUAACUGGAGCCUUCAUGUCUGCUGUGAUCAAGGACCUGCGCCCAAGUGCUCUCCCUUUUGUUGCCAGUUUGAUUAGACAUUACACCAUGGUAGCUGUUGCGCAGCAGUGCGGCCCUUUCCUUCUGCAGUGCUACCAGGUCGGAAACCAGCCAAGUACAGCCAUGUUUCAUAGUGAAGAAAAUGGCUCCAAGGGAAUGGACCCGCUGGUGCUCAUUGACGCCAUAGCAAUAUGCAUGGCUUAUGAGGAGAAGGAACUGUGCAAGAUAGGAGAAGUGGCUUUGGCCGUGAUAUUUGAUGUCGCCAGUAUCAUUCUAGGAUCAAAGGAAAGGGCCUGCCAGCUACCUCUGUUCUCCUACAUUGUGGAACGACUUUGUGCAUGCUGCUACGAGCAGGCUUGGUAUGCAAAGCUAGGUGGCGUGGUUUCUAUUAAGUUCCUAAUGGAACGCCUUCCCCUCAUUUGGGUUCUUCAGAAUCAGCAAACUUUUCUCAAGGCCUUGCUUUUCGUCAUGAUGGACUUGACUGGUGAGGUUUCUAAUGGAGCAGUGGCAAUGGCCAAGACGACCCUGGAGCAACUUUUGAUCCGCUGUGCAACCCCACUUAAGGAUGAGGAGAAAACUGAGGAGAUAGAGAAUGCCCACAAGAAAUCCUUCCACCUCGUAACGCAUGAUUUGGUUCGGGAAGUGACUUCUCCAAACCCCACUGUGAGAAAGCAAGCUAUGCACUCACUGCAAGUCCUGGCACAGGUGACUGGAAAAGGUGUCACCAUGAUCAUGGAGCCUCAUAAAGAGGUCUUGCAGGACAUGGUUCCGCCAAAGAAGCAUUUGCUCCGUCAUCAGCCAGCAAAUGCCCAGAUUGGUCUCAUGGAAGGUAACACCUUCUGCACAACGCUUCAGCCCAGACUGUUCACGAUGGACCUCAAUGUUGUUGAACACAAAGUCUUCUAUUCAGAGCUCUUAAACCUGUGCGAGGCAGAAGAUGCCACACUCAUGAAGCUCCCUUGUUACAAAAGCCUUUCUUCUUUGGUACCGCUGAGGAUCGCAGCUCUGAAUGCCCUAGCAGCUUGCAACUACUUACCGCAGUCCAGAGAGAAAAUCAUUGCUGCCUUAUUUAAAGCGCUCAAUUCAACCAACAAUGAGUUGCAGGAGGCUGGAGAAGCAUGUAUGCGCAAGUUUUUGGAAGGAGCUACCAUAGAGGUUGACCAAAUCCACACCCACAUGCGGCCUCUCUUAAUGAUGCUGGGAGAUUACCGCAGUCUGACUCUGAAUGUUGUGAAUAGGCUGACCUCCGUCACCCGGCUGUUCCCAAACUCCUUCAAUGAUAAAUUCUGCGAUCAGAUGAUGCAACACCUGCGCAAGUGGAUGGAAGUGGUGGUUAUGACACACAAAGGAGGCCAGAGGAGCGAGGGAAAUGAAAUGAAAAUUUGCUCUGCCAUUAUAAAUCUGUUCCAUCUGAUUCCUGCGGCUCCUCAAACGCUGGUGAAGCCAUUGCUGGAAGUCGUUAUGAAAACAGAGCGUGCCAUGUUAAUUGAGGCUGGAAGUCCAUUCAGAGAGCCACUGAUUAAGUUUCUAACACGCCAUCCCUCUCAGACUGUGGAGCUCUUUAUGAUGGAAGCUACCUUGAAUGACCCACAGUGGAGCCGUAUGUUUAUGAGCUUUUUGAAACAUAAGGAUGCCAAACCUUUACGGGAUGUGCUGGCCGCUAACCCAAACCGCUUUAUCACCCUGUUACUGCCUGGUGUGACUCAAACUACUGUGAGACCAGGAUCCCCUAGCACAAGUACCACCACCAUGAGACUCGAUCUGCAGUUCCAGGCUAUCAAGAUUAUCAGCAUUAUAGUUAAGAAUGAUGAAAACUGGUUGGCAAACCAGCACUCACUUGUAAGCCACUUACGCCGUGUGUGGGUGAGUGAAGCGUUCCAAGAGCGCCAUCGCAAGGAAAACAUGGUGGCAACGAACUGGAAAGAACCUAAGCUGUUGGCUUUCUGCCUCCUAAACUACUGCAAGCGCAAUUUUGGGGACAUUGAAUUGCUGUUUCAGUUACUCCGUGCCUUUACUGGCCGCUUCCUCUGUAACAUGACUUUCCUGAAGGAGUACAUGGAGGAGGAGAUCCCCAAGACUUACAGCAUUGCUCAGAAAAGGGCCCUCUUUUUCCGCUUUGUCGAAUUCAGCGAUCCCAACUUUGGAGAUGAGCUUAAAGCCAAGGUCCUGCAGCAUAUUCUGAACCCAGCAUUUUUGUACAGCUUUGAGAAAAAUGAAGGGGAGCAGCUUUUGGGACCCCCAAACCCUGAAGGAGAUAAUCAGGAAAGCAUCACCAGUGUUUUUAUCACCAAGGUGCUUGACCCAGAGAAACAGACAGACAUGCUGGACUCACUUCGAAUUUAUCUCUUGCAAUUUGCCACUCUCCUGGUGGAACACGCACCGCAUCACAUUCAUGACAACAACAAAAACCGCAACAGCAAACUGAGGCGCCUCAUGACAUUUGCCUGGCCAUGUCUCCUGUCCAAAGCCUGUGUAGACCCUGCUUGCAAGUACAGCGGCCACCUGCUACUGGCUCACAUUAUCGCCAAGUUUGCCAUACACAAGAAGAUUGUGUUGCAGGUAUUUCACAGCCUCCUGAAAGCUCACGCUAUGGAAGCACGGGUUAUCGUUCGCCAAGCAAUGGCUAUUCUGACUCCAGCCGUGCCAGCUAGAAUGGAGGAUGGCCACCAAAUGCUGACACAUUGGACCAGGAAAAUAAUUGUUGAGGAAGGCCACACCGUUCCUCAACUGGUGCACAUUCUGCAUUUAAUUGUGCAGCAUUUCAAGGUUUACUAUCCAGUGCGCCACAACCUGGUUCAGCAUAUGGUAAGCGCCAUGCAGCGGCUUGGAUUUACCCCAAGCGUCACUAUUGAGCAGAGGAAAUUGGCAGUUGACCUUGCAGAAGUGGUUAUCAAAUGGGAAUUGCAGCGUAUUAAAGACCAGCCGGAUUCUGACCUGGAUCCAAACGGCAGCGGGGAAGGUGGGAGCUCUGCUACAGGUGGUGUGAAAAGGGGCCUCGCUGUGGAUGCCAGCCAGGAGGUGAAGCGUUUCAGGACAGCCACUGGAGGAAUAAGUACCGUUUUUGGACGCAGCCAGUCACUCCCAGGCCCAGACGCUGCUCUUUCCAAGGCCAUUGAAAAGCAGCACACAGACACAGUGGUCAAUUUCCUGAUUAGGAUAGCAUGUCAGGUGAACGACAAUUCAAACACUGCCGGCUCUCCGGGAGAACUGCUCUCUCGUCGCUGUGUCAACCUUCUGAAGACGGCUCUUCGUCCUGACAUGUGGCCCAAAUCGGAGCUGAAACUGCAAUGGUUUGAUAAGCUUCUCAUGACUGUGGAGCAGCCCAACCAAGCAAACUUUGCUAACAUCUGCACUGGCCUGGAGGUAUUGAGCUUCCUGCUCACCGUGCUUCAGAAUCCUGCCAUCCUCAGCAGCUUCAAACCUCUGCAGAGGGGAAUUUCUGCCUGUAUGACCUGCGGAAACACUAAGGUUCUCCGUGCUGUCCAUACGCUGCUCUCCCGACUCAUGAGCAUCUUCCCUACUGAGCCAAGUACGUCAAGUGUGGCUUCCAAGUAUGAAGAGCUGGAGUGUUUAUAUGCUGCUGUUGGGAAAGUCAUAUAUGAAGGACUCACUAAUUAUGAAAAAGCCACAAAUGCCAACCCGUCACAGCUAUUUGGCACAUUAAUGAUUCUGAAGUCCGCCUGUAGCAACAAUCCCAGCUAUAUAGACAGGUUAAUAUCUGUCUUCAUGCGCUCCCUUCAGAAGAUGGUGAGGGAACAUCUAAACCCCCAGGCUACGCCAGGAACUGCAGAAGCCAAUCCAGCAGGCACCAGUGAGCUGGUAAUGCUCAGCCUAGAUCUAGUGAAGACUCGUCUGGCAGUCAUGAGCAUGGAAAUGAGGAAGAACUUUAUUCAGACCAUUCUGACUUCCCUCAUUGAAAAAUCCCCAGAUGCCAAAAUUCUUAGAGCCGUCGUAAAAAUAGUUGAAGAGUGGCUCAAAAACAACACUCCCAUGGCAGCCAAUCAGACCCCCACACUUCGGGAAAAAUCCAUUCUGCUGGUGAAAAUGAUGACCUACAUAGAGAAACGAUUCCCAGAAGACCUUGAACUAAAUGCUCAGUUUUUGGACCUUGUAAAUUAUGUCUACAGGGAUGAGAACCUUUCUGGAAGUGAACUCACAGCCAAGCUGGAACCAGCCUUCCUCUCUGGCCUGCGCUGUGCCCAGCCGCUUAUACGUGCCAAAUUCAUUGAAGUAUUUGAUACCUCCAUGAAGCGCCGAGUAUAUGAUCGAUUGCUCUAUAUUACUUGCUCGCAGAACUGGGAAGCUAUGGGAAACCAUUUUUGGAUCAAGCAAUGCAUUGAGCUCCUGCUGGCGGUGUGUGAGCGAAACACGACAAUUGGCACAAGCUGUCAGGGAGCCAUGCUUCCAUCUAUCACUAACGUUAUCAACCUGGCUGACAGUCACGAUCGGGCAGCGUUCGCCAUGGUUACCCACGUCAAACAGGAGCCCAGAGAACGGGAGAACAGUGAAUCCAAGGAAGAGGAUGUGGAAAUCGACAUUGAGCUAGCCCCUGGGGAUCAGAGUACAAACCCCAAAACUAAAGAGCUUUCAGAGAAGGAUAUUGGGAACCAGCUGCACAUGCUAACCAACAGGCAUGAUAAGUUCCUGGAUUCCCUUCGAGAAGUCAAGACUGGAGCGUUGCUGAGUGCAUUCGUUCAGCUGUGCCAUAUAUCCACCCCACUUGCAGAGAAGGUUUGGAUCCAGUUGUUCCCCAGACUGUGGAAAAUCCUUUCUGACCGGCAGCAGCACGCAUUAGCUGGGGAAAUCAGUCCAUUUUUAUGUAGCGGCAGUCACCAAGUGCAACGUGAUUGCCAGCCAAGUGCUCUGAACUGCUUUGUGGAAGCCAUGUCUCAGUGUGUUCCGCCCAUUCCCAUACGACCGUGUGUUCUCAAGUACUUGGGGAAGACCCACAACCUCUGGUUUCGCUCAACACUCAUGCUUGAACAUCAGGCUUUUGAGAAGGGACUGAGCCUUCAGAUCAAACCAAAGCAAGCCACAGAGUUCUAUGAGCAAGAGAGCAUAACUCCACCGCAACAGGAAAUCCUGGAUUCCUUGGCUGAAUUAUAUUCUUUGCUGCAAGAGGAGGACAUGUGGGCUGGUUUAUGGCAGAAGCGUUGCAAAUUCCCUGAAACAGCCACAGCCAUUGCUUAUGAGCAGCAUGGGUUCUUUGAGCAGGCUCAAGAAACGUACGAGAAAGCCAUGGAGAAGGCCAAGAAAGAACAUGAAAGGUGUAACGCGUCUCCCGCUGUCUUUCCAGAAUAUCAGUUGUGGGAAGACCACUGGAUUCGAUGUUCAAAAGAGCUGAACCAGUGGGAGGCAUUGACAGACUAUGGUCAGUCAAAAGGUCACAUCAAUCCAUACCUUGUCCUUGAGUGCUCUUGGAGAGUUUCUAAUUGGACGGCUAUGAAGGAAGCUCUGGUGCAGGUGGAGUUGAGCUGCCCAAAGGAAAUGGCCUGGAAAGUGAACAUGUACCGUGGUUAUCUAGCAAUUUGCCAUCCAGAAGAGCAACAGUUAAACUUUAUUGAGCGACUGGUUGAGAUGGCGAGCAGCUUGGCCAUCCGUGAAUGGAGAAGAUUGCCUUAUGUCGUGUCUCAUGUUCACACGCCUUUAUUACAGGCAGCACAGCAAAUCAUUGAACUUCAAGAGGCAGCACAAAUAAAUGCUGGUUUACAGCCAACAAAUUUAGGAAGAAACAACAGCCUUCAUGACAUGAAAACAGUGGUGAAAACAUGGAGAAAUCGGCUCCCAAUUGUGUCUGAUGACCUCUCCCAUUGGAGCAGCAUCUUCAUGUGGAGACAACAUCAUUACCAAGCAAUAGUAAAUGCCUACGACAACAGCACUCAGCACGAUCCAAGUUCAAACAAUGCCAUGUUGGGUGUUCAUGCCUCGGCCUCCGCUAUUAUCCAGUAUGGAAAGAUUGCCCGUAAACAGGGAUUGGUAAAUGUAGCGCUGGACAUUCUGAGCCGUAUCCACACCAUCCCAACCGUGCCAAUUGUAGACUGUUUCCAGAAGAUCCGUCAGCAAGUGAAAUGUUACCUUCAGCUGGCUGUUGUCAUGGGGAAGAAUGAGUGCAUGCAGGGUUUGGAGGUGAUUGAAUCAACCAAUUUAAAGUAUUUCACCAAGGAGAUGACUGCAGAAUUCUAUGCUCUCAAGGGAAUGUUCCUGGCUCAGAUUAACAAAUCUGAUGAUGCAAAUAAAGCUUUUUCAGCAGCCGUACAGAUGCAUGAUGUGUUGGUCAAGGCCUGGGCAAUGUGGGGCGACUAUUUGGAAAACAUCUUUGUUAAAGAGCGUCAGCUGCAUUUGGGCGUCUCUGCCAUCACCUGCUACCUUCAUGCUUGCCGUCAUCAGAAUGAGAGCAAGUCAAGAAAAUAUCUGGCAAAAGUGCUUUGGCUGUUGAGCUUUGAUGAUGACAAGAACACGCUGGCAGAUGCAGUCGAUAAGUACUGUAUUGGCGUCCCUCCUAUCCAGUGGCUGGCAUGGAUCCCACAGCUGCUUACAUGUCUCGUUGGCUCGGAGGGCAAGCUUCUCUUGAACCUAAUCAGCCAGGUUGGCCGAGUGUAUCCACAAGCUGUGUACUUUCCCAUCCGGACUCUCUAUUUAACAUUGAAGAUAGAGCAGCGGGAGCGUUACAAAAGUGACUCUGGACAGCACCAGCCCAGUUCUGUAGGCACUCAGUCACAUUCCGCCUCUGACCCAGGGCCAAUAAGAGCCACGGCACCCAUGUGGAGGUGCAGCCGAAUCAUGCACAUGCAGAGAGAACUGCACCCCACCCUCUUGUCAUCUUUGGAAGGCAUUGUAGACCAGAUGGUUUGGUUCAGAGAAAACUGGCAUGAAGAGGUUCUUAGACAGCUCCAGCAAGGACUGGCCAAAUGCUAUUCUGUGGCGUUUGAGAAGAGUGGAGCAGUGUCAGAUGCCAAAAUAACCCCUCACACCUUGAACUUUGUAAAAAAGCUUGUUAGCACAUUCGGAGUGGGUCUGGAGAACGUGUCCAAUGUCUCUACGAUGUUUUCAAGUGCAGCCUCAGAAUCACUUGCCCGAAGGGCUCAGGCAACAGCCCAAGACCCAGUUUUCCAGAAACUGAAGAGCCAGUUUACAACAGACUUUGAUUUUAGUGUGCCGGGCUCAAUGAAACUCCACAAUCUCAUCUCCAAGCUGAAAAAAUGGAUCAAAAUUCUGGAAGCCAAAACAAAACAGUUGCCGAAGUUUUUUCUCAUUGAAGAAAAAUGUCGUUUCCUGAGCAAUUUCUCAGCUCAGACAGCAGAGGUUGAAAUACCAGGAGAGUUCCUCAUGCCGAAGCCUACACAUUAUUACAUCAAAAUAGCCCGAUUUAUGCCUCGAGUAGAGAUAGUUCAGAAGCACAACACGGCUGCACGAAGACUCUACAUCCGAGGCCAUAAUGGGAAGAUUUAUCCCUACUUGGUAAUGAAUGAUGCUUGCCUGACCGAGUCACGCAGGGAAGAGCGUGUCUUACAGCUGCUUCGCCUUCUCAAUCCUUGUUUGGAGAAAAGAAAAGAGACCACAAAGAGACACCUUUUCUUCACUGUCCCCCGUGUCGUGGCUGUCUCGCCGCAGAUGCGACUGGUUGAAGACAAUCCCUCAUCCCUCUCCUUGGUAGAGAUCUACAAGCAGCGCUGUGCCAAAAAAGGCAUUGAGCAUGACAACCCUAUUUCACGUUACUAUGACAGAUUGGCCACAGUUCAAGCACGAGGGACCCAAGCCAGUCAUCAGGUGCUGCGUGACAUACUAAAGGAAGUCCAGAGCAACAUGGUACCGCGCAGCAUGCUUAAGGAAUGGGCACUGCACACCUUCCCCAAUGCCACCGAUUACUGGACCUUCCGCAAGAUGUUUACAAUCCAGUUGGCUUUAAUCGGCUUUGCGGAAUUUGUCUUUCAUUUGAACAGACUGAAUCCGGAGAUGCUGCAGAUUGCACAGGACACGGGCAAGUUAAAUGUGGCUUACUUCCGAUUUGACAUCAAUGAUGCCACCGGAGACCUGGAUGCCAAUCGGCCUGUGCCGUUCAGGCUCACCCCCAACAUUUCCGAGUUUCUGACAACAAUCGGCGUGUCUGGGCCCCUGACUGCCUCCAUGAUUGCUGUAGCUCGCUGUUUCGCUCAGCCUAAUUUCAAGGUUGAUGGUAUAUUGAAGACAGUGUUGCGGGAUGAAAUAAUUGCGUGGCACAAGAAGACACAAGAGGACACAUCGUCCCCACUCUCUCCAGCCGGCCAGCCUGAGAACAUGGACAGCCAGCAGUUAGUGUCACUGGUUCAGAAAGCUGUCACGGCCAUAGUGACACGACUGCACAAUCUUGCCCAGUUUGAUGGAGGAGAGAGCAAAGUCAACACCCUCGUCGCUGCAGCCAACAGCCUGGAUAAUUUGUGUCGAAUGGACCCUGCGUGGCAUCCUUGGCUAUAACAGAGCCUUAUGUGCUCCUCACAUCCCUGCCAGGGCAUCAGAUGACUAUUAAUGUAACCACUGGCACUGAAAACAAUGGUGGGUUUUCAAAACUGUCAUGAAUUUGCUGUUACCGACGGGCUUAAGAAUUUCCCAUGUUUCACAGUGACCAAUCACCUGUUACUGGAUGAAUUUAGUGCCACACUAAUGGUUUAAACCAUAACCUAUUAUGUGGGUAUUUGGUUGUGGUUGGUUAUCCGGUACAGUAGGGUUAACACCACGUUCUAAACUCUUACGGAGCAUUUUAUUAUUUAAGGAGACCUUAAGAUGGGGCUCAAUUGUUCUUCUGGCCUCUGAAGAAGGAUGUUUACAGACUAUGUCUUUUCUCUUUGUCAUUACGUGGAACGCUUUUUACAAAAAAAGAAGAAAAUAUUGAUUCCCUUCAAGUUCAAACACAUUUCAGAGGGUUUAAAAUGGCGUAUACUGUGAAAGCAGAACACAAAGGGACGUUGUACAGGCACAUAAUGAUUUUUCCUUCCCUUUGCUAUUGUGCUCUCAAAUUAUAUAAAGUAGGAAAUCGUAAACAGAUGUCACAUUUUUAUACUUUUUAACAAUGAUUUGUCCAGAAUCUUCUCCCCCACCCCCUUCUGUUUUAUUCCACAUGACUUUGAUAUAUUCCGAUACAAGAAUAGACUGGUAAAUGCUGCAUUCAAUGCUAUUUUUCCUCUGAAUGGUUCUUUUAAGUGAGGUUUAGCUGUACAAAAUAAUAUAACUUGUAUAGAUUUUUCUGUUUGUUAUAUAAAAUACUGGAACAAAGCUGAGCUUGCCAAACUGUGAGCCUUCUCUAAAGGGAAAAAAGGGGGCGUUUGUCUGGUUACUGUCUGUGUGCAGACUUCCCCGCAUUUCCUACAGACCAGGCAUACUGCAGGCACAUCUGCUAAACUUGUACAUUCAUUUUAUUUUUUUCUGCUUUAUUUGUGAUUUCAACUUUUUCGCAUUUUCAGAUUUGAACAUUUUUGUCCGCAUUUGUAAUUAAGAGGGGAAAAAAUGGCCGCGCGCAAAGCCAUUUUUUUUAAAAAAAAAGAAAUCUGCAGUAUUAAGAGAAAAGGAUAUUUGUACAUCUGUUUGCAAAAUAAAUAUUUUGGAGAAAUGCCUCGA